AUGUAGCCAUGCUGUUUCUGUCUCCCUCCCCUUCAUACUCCAACAAACUGCAUUAGGAUCUGUUACAGCAUCAGUCUCCAAACACCCUCUCACAAUCUAGAAAGAGAGACACAGCGUGGGUCCAUUAUCGUUCAACAACGAAGGUGUGUGGAAUAAGAGAGAGGCUUGUUUCUCGGUCUACGUUUGGGACCUCUGCCCGGAGUCACCUCCACUCCCCAUUGCUUGGUGGGACCAGGGAGAGGAUGAGGAGAGAUGGGCCAGGCUUGCGGCCAUUCAAUUCUGUGUCGGACCCAGCAGUACCAACCAGCUACAUCUGAUAUACGGGGGCAGCAGGUAUUCCUGAAGGCUGAAGACUCGCCUGCGCUAUGUUCGGAAGCACUCCAGGACGCUUUGCUGACCCUCGGCUCUGUCAUCGACAUUCCACGUCUACAGGAAGCCAUCAAAGAUGCCAUAGCGGCCGUCCUGCCAAAAGUGGACAAUGCCUUUAUCUACCUGUUACAUGCAGAAGGCCGGCUGGUGUGCGGUGACCCGCUGCAUGAUCUUCCUCAGGAAGGGAAACUCAGGGACGCAGUCCUGCUACAGAAACGGAUAGAAUGCAGUGGGCUGACGCCAUCAGAGCUGCUUGGACAGCAAAUGAGCAGCCUGGCAGCUCCGUUACCGCCCGAUAAACAAGUGCUCAUCCUUCCUCUCGUAGACCAGGACAGUGGGCGCGUGCUGGCCGUCAUACUGAUGCACUGCAGCCCACUGAACGAUGCUGACGAGCAAAACCUCCGCACCUUGGAGAAACAUAUCUUGGUGGCUUGCAAACGCGUGCUGGCUAUUCAAAAGCUCCAGCCAUGGACCCAAGUCAGUGUGCCUUCUGGCUCCUCAGAGAACUUCGCACCAAGGCCACAACGUGUUCAGAAGCCACAGCUAUGGUCCCAAGUCAGUUUGUCCACUGGAUCUCCAGAGAAUUCCCUACAGAAGCCAGAGACUUUACAAAAUGAAGGGUACGAUGAGCUGGACCGCAAAAUCCUACAGCUGUGUGGGGAACUCUAUGACCUGGAUGCAGCCUCUCUCCAAAUUAAAGUUCUUCAUUAUUUGGAACAACAGACCCAGUCCCCCUGCUGCUGCCUGCUUCUUGUGUCAGAGGACAGUCAUCAGCUGUUCUGCCAGGUUGUUGGAGACAAAGUAUUGGAAGAAGAAAUCAGUUUUCCCUUGACGUUUGGACACCUAGGGCAGGUUGUGGACAAGAAGAAAUCCAUUACACUGCAGGACAUCAGCUCUGAGGAACACAAACAGUUGAACAACAUGUUGGGUUUCGAGGUUCUCUCCAUGCUUUGUGUGCCAGUUAUAAGCCGAGCAACAUCCCAAGUGGUGGCUCUGGCCUGUGCGUUCAACAAGCAAGGAGGAAACUACACAGACGUAGACGAACACAAGAUCCAGCACUGCUUCCGCUAUACGUCCACUGUCCUCACGAGCACACUCGCCUUCCAGAAAGAGGAGAAGCUAAAGUGUGAGUGCCAGGCUCUUCUGCAAGUGGCGAAAAACCUCUUCACACAUUUAGAUGAUGUAUCGGUCCUACUCCAAGAGAUCAUCACAGAAGCACGAAAUCUCAGCAACGCAGAAAUAUGCUCGGUGUUCCUGCUCGAAAGACACAGCCAUGAGCUUGUUGCCAAAGUAUUUGAUGGUGGAGUCGUGGAGGAUGAUAGUUACGAGAUAAGGAUCCCAGCCGAUCAAGGUAUAGCUGGCCACGUGGCCACCACUGGACAAAUCCUGAACAUUAAAGAUGCCUAUUCACAUCCUCUAUUCUACCGGGGGGUGGAUGACAGCACUGGAUUUAGGACCCGCAAUAUCCUCUGCUUCCCCAUUAAAAAUGAGAGUAAUGAGGUCAUUGGCGUGGCAGAAUUGGUCAAUAAGAUUAAUGGCCCUGGAUUUACCAAGUUUGAUGAAGAUCUGGCUACCGCAUUCUCCAUUUACUGUGGAAUCAGCAUCGCGCAUUCUUUGCUCUACAAGCAAGUGCGAGAGGCCCAGUUCCGCAGCCACCUGGCCAAUGAAAUGAUGAUGUAUCAUAUGAAGGUCUGUGAAGAUGAAGCCAAGAAGUUACAAGGAAAUGGCAUUCUGAGCGUAUCCCACAUUGACCCCAACUUUGCCAGUUUCACCUACACACCCAGAUCCCUUCCUGAAGAUGAUACAACUAUGGGUAUUCUCAGUAUGUUUGAAGACAUGGGCUUCUUGACAAACUACAAGAUUGAUAGGACCACGCUAAUCAGAUUCUGCCUUAUGGUGAAAAAGGGGUACCGGGACCCCCCUUACCAUAACUGGAUGCACGCUUUCUCAGUGUCGCACUUCUGUUACCUCCUCUACAAAAACCUGGAGCUUAUCAAUUAUCUGGAGUAUAUUGAAAUUUUUGCCUUGUUUGUAUCCUGUAUGUGCCAUGAUCUUGAUCACCGGGGAACAAAUAACUCCUUUCAAGUGGCUUCAAAAUCUGUGCUGGCAGCACUGUACAGCUCAGAGGGGUCGGUGAUGGAGAGACAUCACUUUGCUCAGGCGAUCGCCAUCCUUAACUCCCAGGGCUGCAACAUUUUUGAACAGUUUUCACGGAAGGAUUACCAAAGGAUGCUGGAUUUGAUGCGAGACAUUAUUCUUGCCACAGACCUGGCUCAUCACCUGCGUAUCUUCAAAGAGCUCCAGAAAAUGGCACAAGAUGGAUUUAAUCCCAAAAACAAACAUCAUCACAACCUCUUACUGUGUCUUCUCAUGACAUCCUGUGACCUCUCUGACCAAACCAAAGGGUGGAAGACCACGCGGAAGAUAGCCGAACUCAUCUACAAAGAAUUCUUCUCUCAGGGAGACCUGGAGAAAGCCAUGGGAAAUCGACCCAGUGAGAUGAUGGAUCGGGAAAAGGCCUACAUCCCAGAGCUGCAGAUCAGCUUCAUGGAGCACAUCGCCAUGCCCAUAUACAAGUUACUGAAAGAGCUGUUCCCUCGCUCUGCUGAACUGUAUGAAAGGGUUGCGACCAACAGGGAGAAGUGGCUCCGCGUCUCUCACAAAUUCACAAUUAGAGGGUUACCCAGUAAUAACUCGUUGGACUUCCUUGAUGAAGAAUAUGACAUCCAGGAAAGUAUGGAAGAUGAGGUGAAGAUGAAUGGAUGUGUAGACAGAAAUAAACACUGAGAUUCUGUCAGUGCCUACAACCAACUGAUGAACACGUGUUUCUUGCUGUAUGAGGACAACACACCACGCGUUUCACACUCUACAAGGACAACGAACACACAUUUUACUCUGUUUUCUUGUCCUUUGCUUUUUAGCCUCAGCCUGAGGUGUGAGGAUUGUGUUAAAUCCUACGGUGAUGUUUGCAGUCUGUGUGCAGUGCAAUGUAUGUUACGCCAAAACAACAUGUGGGAGGCGCCACCUCAAACCCUGUGUAACACAGUGAAGAUAGGGUAAUAAUGUCUAGCCAACCAGAAUGAGCCACACUGUAAAAAUAUUUUUGCCUCAAAAGGUGCUCCAUGCACAGAACAUUCAGCUGUGGAACAUUCUAAAAGUACUAGACACCUGCUAUGGAUCCUCGGAAACCAGAGACGGACUAAGGUGCAUUUUACAAAAAGGUCAAAAUUUGCGAUCCUAUUUAUGGAAUAGGGUACUGCCUUUCAAAAUAUAUUUGGCUACCUCCUACUCUCCAGCCAUCUAACACUCUGUCCCAUGUGAUAUUUCCUAUAUUUAUGGCCCAGGGGCCACCAUUCCUGGACAGAUUACGCUAACAUUAUCAGGAACCAGUAGCAACCCAAUAAUAUCAAUUUACAUUUUAACGGCACAGAAAAAAAAUCGAGUAGAGUUUAGUACAUACCUUGUGGAUCUAUAAGCAACAUCUGUAGCUACCCCAAAACUGUGAGAGUUCCAAAACAUCAGCAGGAAAAACAAACAACUCUCAACCCUUGGGUUAUACACAUAUAUUAAGCGGUUUGUCACAGAUUGUCCACAUUUUGUCACCACAUCACCAACUACUGCUGCUGCUUAAAUUAGGAAUGUUGCAGGUGUGACAUAGGACAGUAGUUCUCGAUCCUGUUCACACUAACCACUAGCUGUUCAGGAUUUAACCCUUUCAGUAAUAUUUCAAUGCAUUGCCCCUCAAUGACAAAGCCCCUGCUUGAGAACACUUAAGCCCUGCAGACUUUGGCCCUUUGGUGGCCCAGGUUGUCAGGUCUCAGAACCACUGAUUUAUGAAUUCCUUUCAUGACUACUAUAUCGGAGGUGGACGUAAGGAGGGCUAUAACACUGGAUCUUGUAAGAUCUAAAAAUAUAACGCUGCAAAGGAUGUAUUUUUGCUUAUUUUUGAUAAUGAUACUUAGAGCAUAAGACAUGAGCUUAUGAUAUAUAACAAGAAUUUUCUCUUGUGUUUAAUUUGUAUGUCAGGCACUGCUGUUUCUCUCCUCAAUUAGAUUACUGGUGUCUUAGGUCUAUAGGAGUGGCCGUGACAGAAGUGAUAGAUUUAAAGCUAUUGAUUUUUCGAAAAUAUAAACACUGGUGCAUAAUGUCUCACUUUGUAUCACUAUAUGACCCAUGUAAACGUUCAUCCCAUUCUAAAUGACCGUCGGACGUUGGUGCAAACUGAGCUGGGCUUAGACCUACAUGAGACACAUGGAGAUAAGGAAUCAACCAAUGUCUCUGCACUAUGAAAUUUAUUCAAAAAUACUAAAAUGUGGUGAGUUAAUCAACAAAUUGCAACAUUUAAGCCAAAAUUCAGUUGGAAAAAAAAUAUAUGUAAAUAUAUAUUUAUGAAAACUAAGCAGUCCUCUUGGUGAUUUCAUGAUAUUUUGUACAUGUUACGUGUCACCGACUUGGCAAGAGAUUGGCAUCGGAAAUGUUUCAUCUGUUCUGCAGUUAUUUAUAAAAGUUGAAUAAAAGAUUUCUAGGUAA